AUGGACAUCUCAAAGCCAGUUGACGAGAGUUUCGUUAAAGCACUGCCAAAGAUCGAGCUCCACGCUCAUCUCAGCGGCAGCAUCAGUCGUCAAUGUCUGCACGAGUUAUGGAAGCAGAAGAAGGCCUCUGACCCUGACUUCGAUGUGGAAGACCCCUUAGUUCUCAUGCCUCUGGGAAAGGUGGAUUAUGACCUGAAGACCUUCUUCUCAACCUUCUCCAAGUUGACCUACCAGAUCUGCAAUGACCUGAAGAGCCUAGUAUACGCCACCAACUCAGUGCUCCAAGACUUCCUAGACGAUGGAGUCGUGUAUCUCGAGCUGCGGACCAUCCCACGGGCGUCCCCUGGUAUAACCCGAGAUGAAUACCUCAACACAGUCCUAACAACAAUCGAAAAUUUCAGAACCAAAACCACGCAAAUGUCCGUGUCUCUAAUCCUAGCCAUAGACCGUGGCAGCAUGAAUGCAGCCGAAGCAGACAAGAUCGUCGAUCUCGCAAUCGCAAACAAGCCGCGCGGGGUCGUCGGCGUGGACAUAUGCGGCAACCCAACAAAAGGCGACGUCAGCAUCUACAGGGAUGCUUUCUCGCGAGCGAAAUCCAACGGGUUGGGCAUCACAUUGCACUUUGCCGAGACAGUCGCCUCGGCCUCCCAUGUUGAGCUGGCGACGAUGCUUUCGUUCAUGCCUGAUCGGCUCGGGCAUGUUAUCCAUGUGCCUGAUGAGUUCAAGCAGGAGAUUUCUCGGCGGAAGCUCGGUCUUGAACUGUGCAUUUCAUGCAAUGUUCAUGCGAAGAUGAUUAGUGGUGGUUAUUUGGAUCAUCAUUUUGGGUACUGGCGGCAUGAGGACUGCCCGAUCGCGUUGUGUACCGAUGAUGUGGGCUUUUUCUGUAGCCCUGUCUCGAAUGAGUACCUUCUAGCCGCGCAGCAUUUUGGCUUGAACCGUGAGGCCCUCCUGCAGAUCUGUUACAAGGCUACAGAGGCCAUUUUUGGCAGUGAAGCUGAGAAAGAAAGAAUUGCUCGGAUGCUGGAUUUGUUUAAGGUGGAUAUGAUGCCAUGA